GAUCCCUCCAAUACUACAAAGUAUGGUCCUGUUCCACAGGAAUACGUGUGGUAUGAAAAUUCCCUUUCUGGACGAUCCAGGUCCUCCAGCCGCUCACCCUUUCAGCCACCUGAACUUUAACCUGUGCAGGUGGUGCGAGGCGUCCGGCCCGGUGUGCAAAGACAGCGUCUGCUCCAGUAACUGCAGCCUGUCGUCCUUCUGCACCGUCACCGAGGAGAUCUGCGUGGCCAUCUGGAGGAAGAACAACGACACCAUGACGGUGCACACCAUGUGUCACAACCCCACCUCGCCACUAGAGGGCGUUGACCCCGGCCUGCUGCUGAACUUCACCUCCAGAGAGUGUCACAUGGUCCCACAGCCGGCGGAGGACGGAGCCAUGAUGGUCUGUGGUUGUCACGGAGUCCACGAGUGUAACGACAAACUCAUCUUUGACAAAGGAGCCAACGGGUUCUCCAAGCUGCAGAGUAAAGACGUGAUCCCGGUGGUGGUGGUAAGCUUGGUGCCUCCUAUCCUGGUGGCCAUUGUUGCCACGGCGGCCUUCUACUUCUACCGCACACACCGUCCAGACAAGCCGGGCCCGACUGCCCGCCCUGCCUGGCCCACCAAACACACCUCGGAGCUCUACCAGGCCUUCGACCUGCCCUGUGGGGGUUUGGGGGCUCGGGGAGAGGGUGGAGGAGGUUUGAUCGGCUCGGACAGGACGGAGUCUGAUGACAAGGUGCUAUCGCUCAACGAUGACAUCAUCAGUUACAUGACGAACUGGCAAGGCCGGCUGAAUGAACCACUGCCCAUCAAGCUGGAGGUCCUGGUGGGGAAGGGGCGCUUUGCUGAGGUGUGGAGGGCGUGCCUGCCGCAGGGCAAGAAGGGUGGAGUUAACAGCUAUGAAACGGUGGCAGUGAAGGUGUUCCCGGCUGUGGAGUACGCCUCGUGGAGAAACGAGUGCUCCAUCUUCUCCGACCCCAAACUGGAGCAUGACAACGUGGUUCGAUUCCUCGCGGCUCAAGAGAGGGGCGUGCCGGGCCACCCCCUCAGGAAGUACUGGCUGGUUUUGGCCUAUCACAGCCUCGGGAACCUGCAGGACUUCCUCACAGCAAACAUACUGAGCUGGGAGGAACUGGUUUCCAUGGCCGGCAGCAUUGCCAGAGGGUUGGCACAUCUUCAUAGUGACACAACGCCCAGUGGGGUUCCAAAGGUGCCGGUUGCCCAUCGGGACCUGAAGAGCAGUAACAUUGUGGUAAAGAGCAGGAAGGAGUGCGCCCUGUGUGACUUUGGUCUGGCGUUAAGACUCGACCUUUCUCUAAGCGUCGACGACUACGCCAACACUGGACAGGUGGGGACAGCUCGCUACAUGGCUCCUGAGGUACUGGAGUCCAGGGUGAACCUGGAGGACCUGGAGGCCUUUAAACAGAUGGACGUUUACUCCAUGGCUCUGGUCCACUGGGAGAUGGCCUCCCGCUGCCAUGCCAUCGGAGAAGUGAAGAGCUACGAGCCGGCGUUUGGCUCUCAGGUGUGUGAGCAGCCUUGUGUGGACAGCAUGAGAGACCUGGUUCUGAGAGACCGAGGACGGCCUGACAUCCCGUCAGCGUGGACGCAGCACGAGGGGAUGGGCGUCUUCUGCUCCACCGUCACUGAGUGCUGGGAUCACGACCCUGAAGCUCGACUGACGGCUCACUGCGUGGUGGAGCGCUUCAAUGAGCAGGAGCAGGAGCAGGAGCAGGAGGAGCAGGAGGAGGAGCAGGAGGAACCAAGGCGAGAUGCUGACAGACAGGAAGAUGGAGACAGAGAAAAGGACUCAGGGACACCAGAUGAGGACCAGAGUCCCUCUCUGGCCUCGCCCCCUCAGACUCUCCAGCCAGACUCAAAGACAGGUGUCUCAGAGGUAUCCCAUGAUGCCUUGCUUCACACUGGCUCUGCGGUGUGAGCGGCAGACCUCUGCUUCCCAUUCAUCAACAGGAAGGCUGACAGGUGAAGGUCACAGGUGAAGGUCACAGGUGAAGGUCACAGGUGAAGGU